CAACAUAGACCAGCCACAAAGUUAGAAAGUCAAAUUUGAUCAAAGGUUUUGCAGGUUCCAUUGGCAAACAUGGGGGAGGUGAAGCUGAUUGCUACAACUCAAAGCCUUUUCUGCACCAGGGUUGAAUGGGCUUUAAAGCUUAAAGGAGUGGAAUAUGAGUACAUAGAAGAAGAUCUAAGAAACAAGAGUCCAUUGCUUCUUGAGUACAACCCUGUUCAUAAGAAAGUCCCGGUGCUGGUGCACCAUGGCAAACCCAUUGCCGAGUCACUUCCCAUCCUCGAAUACAUCGACGAGACAUGGAAGGAAAACCCUCUGCUUGCCGAAGAUCCGUAUCAAAGAGCCAAGGCUAGGUUUUGGGCACAGUUUGUUGGCGACAAGUGUGUGUUUGGGGCGUUCGAAGCAGCUUGCCUGGCUGAUGGAGAGGAAAAGAUGAAGGCUAUUGAGUCUGCACAAGAAUCACUGGCGUUUCUCGAGAAGCAGAUUGAAGGGAAGAAGUAUUUUGGUGGAGAAGAGAUAGGGUUUCUGGACUUAGCAGCUGGUUGGAUUCCUCAUUGGCUUAAUGUUAUGGAAGAAGCCGGAGGCAUGAAGUUACUUGACGCUGAGAAGUUUCCAUUGCUCCAUGAAUGGGCUCAGAACUUCAUCCAAAUUCCUCUCAUCAGAGAAUGCAUUCCUCCCAGAGAUAAGCUUCUCGAAUAUUUUAAUGCCAGUAUAAGCUACAUGCGUUCCUCAGCAACCAGUUAACCGUGGAAAUCAUGCUCCAUUGGCAAAGGCAGCCAAGAAAAUGGAACAAGCAUUGAGUGAAGCUGAACCUAUAUAUAUAUAUAUAUAGCUUUUAUUUAUAUAUUUUCCCUUAAUUUUUUCGCAGCCCCAUAAAUCUCGCAUAAUUAGACUUACAUUAAUUGUCAUGGUUUGAUGACAAUGUUAAGGGUGAGAUUGGUAAAUACUUAUUAAUUUGUUCUAUUUCCAAGUAUCAACAAGCUCAAUAAAAUUAGAUAAGAUGCAGAGAUU